AUGGGACCAGUACAGUUUAAUAUCUUCAUCAGUAACAUAGACAGCGGGUUUGAGUGCAACCUCAACAAGCUUGCAGAUGACACCAAGCUGAGUAGUGUGAUUGACACACCUGAGGGACGGGGUGCCAUCCAGAGGGACUUGGACAAGCUCGAGAGGUGGGCCUGUGAGUCCAUAACUGUAUUGAAUGAUGCUCUAAGUCAGAUAGAGUCUCCAGAGAAUGUUUCUAUGAAUUCGACAAGUGCUGGAUCAGUGGUCUCUUCAUCUGUUGACAUGGCAAGCAUUGUUGGCCGGGAAUUGGGUACCAACGUGUAUAAAUAUACUCACUUAGAGCCUAUUCUAUAUGCCCUUGGUGUGGGAAUGUCAACUAAGGAUCCGGAUCACCUGAAAUUUCUCUUUGAAGGAAGUGAAGACUUCUGCUGUUUACCUAGCUUUGGAGUAAUUCCUGCUCAGACUUCGAUGUUUAGUGGUAUUCCUUCUCUUCUAGGACUAAAUAUAGAUCUUGCAAAGAUGCUGCAUGGUGAGCAGUAUCUGGAACUAUAUAAACCAUUACCGACCUCAGGGCAAUUAACUUCAGUUUCAAGUGUUGCUGAUAUUCUCGACAAAGGAUCAGGAGCAGUCGUGCUUAUAGAUGUGAACACCUAUUGUGGAAAGGACCUCGUGUGUUAUAAUCAGUUCUCUUUGUUUUUCAUUGGAGCUGGAAGAUUUGGUGGAAAACGAAUAUCAGAAAAGGCCAAGGAAACAGUGGAUCCACCCAAGAGACCCCCUGAUGCUGUAACUUUGGAUGUCACAACAACUCAUCAG